AGGGAGUGUAACACGUGUCCGCAGCUCCCAGAUCAUGACAGGCAGUGUGUGUGCAGCUUUUAUGCAGUGUUGAGCGAGUCUCGAGUGGUUUAUAAAUAGCGCAACUUGGGACUAUUCUCGUGGUACUUGAACUUCAUGAGUUUUAUCGACUGUCAUAAUGCGUGAGUGACACUGUCACUUUGCCGAUCUCUUAGUAGUACAAAUGAUAACCAAAGAUUACCCUGUGAUUUGUAUAUAUUAUUAGAUAAUAAAAAACUAGUUACAAUACGUGGUGCCUUCCUUUACGAAAUAAGGUAUUUUGAGCGUGAGAAACUAUGCAACUAACAACCAGAAGCCAGUAUAACUCGAGGGAGGCGGAACAGUUGCAGUCAUUGCAACAGGUGGUGUUGUGUAGUCAGAGUAACUUGCCUGAGGAACAAGCUAGGGUCGUCCCCAGCAGUCCUCCUCCAUCACUACAGCACCACCAGCGCCUGCCAUUGCACCUCCUGGUCACAGACUCACAGCUGUCAUCACCCAUCAUUGAGCAGUACAGUCCUGAACAGACUGAUUAUAGUAAGCAAACAGAGUGCAUCACUGAACAGAGCGAUGAACAUAACUGUACCUGCCCUGAAAAUGUUCCUGGCAAUACUCGAAAGAGGAAAAUGGUAGAUGAGGAAGAGGAAGUGAGUGAGGGAGAGGCUGAAAGAUUAUUAACAGGGAAGAGAAAAACACAAAUAAGCGGUGCACAAUCACGAGAAAAUAUCCCUUUAUUUUAUUUAUACGGCGAUCUCCUCCUUAUACCUAAAUUCAAAUGGGGUUGCACUGGUGCAGUUGCAGGUGCGAGGAGGAGAUCAAUUGCAGAACCAGACUUUAGUACUCCUAUUGACUCUGGCAACACACUGGAUACCUCUGCACAAUUAUUCCCCCCCAAGCCCAGUUCACUGGAUCAUGUGGAAGUGUGUCCAGAUUCCUGGUCACUCGAGGAUGGAGUCAUUAGUCAAGAAUGGUUCUCUAAAGUGAUGCAGCCUGUUAUUAGUGACCUCAAUAAAUAUGGAGUCUGCGUUGUCGACAAUUUCCUUGGUCUGGAGCGUGCAGAGCAGAUCUUGAAAGAGGUAGGGACACUGCACUCACGUGGUGUAUUCCGAGAUGGGCAGGUGGUUUCAAGACAUGUGCAGGACCAAGCACGGGGAAUGAUUCGUGGUGACAAAAUUACCUGGGUUACGGGUAGCGAACCUAACUGCAGCAAUAUUGGCCAGUUAGUGACGGCUGUGGAUUCUCUAGUGGCAAAGGCAAAUAAACACCAAGAUGCUGGCAAACUAGCACACUACAACAUCACCUGGAGAACGCGGGCUAUGGUGGCUUGUUACCCUGGGCAAGGUGCACAUUAUGUGAAGCACAUUGACAAUCCAAAUGGUGAUGGACGCUGCAUUACUGCUAUUUACUAUGUAAACAAACACUGGACAUCACAGGAUGGUGGUGUACUACGAAUCUAUCCUGAAGGUUGCAGUGACAAAGUUGCAGAAAUUGAGCCUUUGUUUGAUCGUAUGCUCUUUUUCUGGUCAGAUCGUCGCAACCCUCAUGAAGUGUUGCCUGCUAAAAUUACCAGAUAUGCUAUCACUGUGUGGUACCUUGACCAGAAAGAACGUGAGGAAUAUUUGGCUCGUGUAAAUAAUGCUUCUGCUAAUACUUGACGAGAUCCUGCUCCACUCUGCUUUUCCAGCUGGCCACAUACUUGAAUUGCUGCAGCUGUGGCUACCCCGUCAUGCAAACCUUUUGAUAGUGUCACACUGGGGUUUACCAGACUAACAAGCUUGGUCCUUAUUCAGUGACACUGAUCACAUAUACAGGUGUUGAGACAGAGUGAGUGAUGUGUGCCAUAAUGAUGCUAGACUGUGUGAAAACUUAUCACUAGAGAAAACCAAUUUCGUCUAUUUUAAAAGUUAUUGGUAAAAAGGAAGUUGUGAGCCCCAAUGAAAGGGUCUCAUAUUUAAAAGUGAUUGGUUAUAAAUAAUUCUUUUUAAUUAAGCAUCAUUUAUUUUGAGCAAGUAAAUCCGUAAUAAAACAACCUCAGCAUAUGUGCAUUUUGUCAGACAAAAAAGAUAAUGGGCAAUAUGUGUUGUAUUAACACACAAGUUCCUACCUUUUAUUGCCUUGUUCUUUCUUGCUAUGUCAGGGGUUUUGAGUUCCUACCCUUUAUUUCAUUGUUCUGUCCUAUUUUAGGAUAUUUUUAGAGGAUUUAAUCCCUGCCAAAUCAGAGAAUGUGCAUUUAUCUUGGAAAGUGGUAAAAUUUUACCCUCGUGCACAGUAAAAUAAUAAUGUGUGACUAGUGGUGAUGGGUUGAACACAGCAUUAAAUGCUACUUAAUUAUAUGGCCUUCCCAUUUGACAUUGGAAAUAAAUAUUUUAGUAUGUUAAUUGGCAUUUUUUUUAUAUAUUUUUUGAGCAAAUGCCUUAAAAAUACAGUAUCAACACACAUGAAACCUGAAAUACCAAAAAUUUGUGGUGUGUAAUUUUCAGUUUGAGAAGUCCUGCACACACUGUUUUUAAGGCAAAGCAUUCUGUGGUAUUUGUUUGUCAGGUUACUAGUUUCUAGUAUUGAAACCCAACAGUCAUACCUCAUACAAACGUCUCAAGGUUUGCAUAUGUCAUGUACUUAGGGAAUAACUACAGUGUUGCUGUAUUGUGAUUUAUAUUACAAUUUUCCAUAGCAAUUGUGUGUAAAUUCCAUUUAUAUUGACUAGUAGUGGUUGUGAUAAGUCUACACAAAUUGUGUGAUAAAUUCAGUAUUAUAAGGUUCAAAUUUUGUUAAAGAGUACCAAAGAUAUUCAUGAAGGUGAAAAUGUUUCAUGCCCCAAGAGGCUUAGGUUCAGAUAAGGAUUGUAUUAAUAGGUCAUUGGUUUAAUUAAAUUGAAUACAGUGAAACCCUAAUUAAAAGGUCUAAUAUAGGAGAGGGUUCCCAUCAAUGCUGGUUAAAUCUGAAUGAAGAGGAUUUUUCACAAUUGUAACAGUAAUGGAUAGGUCUGGAUUUGAUGGACUUGGUCCAUCAAGUCCAAAAUAAAUUUACCCAUCUGUCCGUAAUUACACACAAUUCUGCAUAUAACUGACUAAACUGUUUUCCGACUUUCUCCAGAAAAUUAAUUUUAUCCGUUAAAUACAAUUGCGGUCCAUUGAAUCCAGGUUUACUGUACUUGUUUAUCUUCAGAGUCAUUAAUAUCUGCAUUGAUGACCUUAUUUAUUAAUACAAGGUCUAUUAUGAUUGUUUUGAGGCAAAAUAUAAUACUGUAGUUAUCAUUUUGUUUUAGUUACUCAGGUUAAAUAUCAUUUUCUCUUAAUGCAGGUGAUUACCUUCAGCAUAUGUAUCCAGUCAUCUUUGGAUGGCACAAUCAUAGCUAGCUAAAAAUUUGCCCUCUUGAAUAGAUCUGAGUAGGUCUAGCAUUGAUUGGUCUUCCUUCUUUGUUUGAAAGAAUUAAUGGCAAAUUUCACACCUAACCUACACACUGGAAAUGAAAAGUAGAGAAGAUUUGGUCCUACCUAGAUUAUCAGGUUCAGGAUGGAGUGAAAUAUGUAGUUUCCAUUUCAGAUUUGUAUUUUGUGAAUUAUUCGAACCAUGUAUUGAUUUGCUCAUUAAAAGUUUCAUGCCUCUCCCUAGGGCCCGGAAUAUUUUCACCACUGAUGAUGAGCCAUGUUAAUAUGGUUUACUCAAAUACAAUACAUAUAUCAAGAAAGGUUCAUAAACAAAACUUUCGUUUAUUAACGUAGGAAAUCUGUAGAUUUCAGGAGUUACCUUGUAAUUGGACAAAUAGCUAAUUGGUUGUUGCCAGUAAUUAGACACUUUUGCACAUGUGCUGAGUCUCACCCUCCCUCUCGCUCUCUUUCUCCCUUUCUCUCUCUCCCAUACAAAAAUAAUCUGGUCGUUUAGAGCUGGUGACUCAUUUGAUAGGGAAACUAGCUCACUUUAAUGUCUGAUAUGCAUUAAUAAUCAUUGGACAUGGCUGUGCAUGCAAGAAUGGAAUUGCUAAUGUUAAGGUAAAACUAUAAACUAUUGGUGUCUGAUAGUGUAUGAUGAAAGAGGUAUAUCGAAUGUGUAACUUAUUAUGUAUAUUUUACAAAUACUUUUGCAGAAUGAGUAUGUGAAGAAGACAUUAAGUUAUUUUCUUAUUUUUAACAGUAAAAUGUGCAACUUGGUUACACUUCUGGUGGGGAUCCAGAAAAGUCUUGCACAUGGACAUUCAGAUUCAUAUAUUGUUGCUGAUAAGUUUCAGCUUGUAGUCAGUGUAUCAAGAGCACAGUGCUGCUUAUUGGCACUCUAAUGUUCAGUGAAUUUUAUUGUGCCUCAAAGCCUGAAAAUUUGAAAGUGUUUGUUACAUAUACCUGGUGCUAUAGCAUGUACAGUAAUAUACCAUUAUGCAUCUUGUGAUUUGGCUUGUGCACUGGAAACUUUCCAAAAUUAUCAAUUCAUACAUUAAUAUUCUUUAACAAUAAAUAUGUUUUGAAGUGUAACAUACAUACAUACAUACAUACAUACAUAAUUACAUA